ACUCAUCUGGGUGCGGUGGAAGUGGGGCUGAGUUUUUGGGGAAUCUGUUGAGUCGACUCAGACCGAGUUGGUCCCGAGUUACACCGCCAUAACAACGCCGAAGUGUUGGUGCUGGAGUUUCGGUUUUUAUCGCCACCGACCUUGAAUACCUUGUUUCGAUCUAAAGUCUGAACUCAGCCCAUAGAACAGUAGAGGAUGUAGAACUUGGACCAGACUGGGACCAGAAAGCCAACAGCCUGCUGCGUAAACAUUUUGGGUACUCCGGGUUGAAAAGUUUUCAAAUGGAAGCUCUUGGUGCUUGGUUUUCUCAGCAAGACUGUCUUGUUCUUGCAGCAACAGGGUCUGGGAAAUCUCUGUGCUUUCAGCUACCUGCGCUUUUGACAGGGAAGGUCGUGGUCGUGAUUUCUCCAUUGAUAAGCUUGAUGCAUGACCAGUGCUUAAAGCUAUCAAAACAUGGCAUCUCUGCAUGUUUCCUUGGAUCAGGACAACCAGAUAACACCGUUGAGAAGAAAGCAAUGAACGGCAUGUAUUCCGUUGUAUACGUUUGCCUCGAAACACUGCUUAGCUUUCACUGUCUGAUGAGGUGUAUAAUGCAUACUAAUAAGUCCACUUCAGAGGCUUGCGGAGAACCGUGGAAUAGCUUUAUUUGCCAUCGAUGAAGUACAUUGUGUUUCAAAAUGGGGACAUGACUUUAGACCUGAUUACAGGUUUCACCCUUGCUCACCUUGG